AUGAAAAUUUUGGUACUUUGUUUAAUAGCAUUAGCUAUAGCAGACAAAUAUGAUUAAUUCAGAGCAUUUGAUGAAGAUGAAUUUGGUAGAACAUUAAUUGAUACAUUAUAAAUGUAAAUGAGUACAGGUGAACCAAUUGCUCGUUUUAUUGAAAUAAUGAGAAAUCUUGAAACAUCAAUUGAAAAUGAAUAAAAAGAAGAUGAUAAAGCUAAUAAUGAAUAUUAAAAUUAAUGCACAGAAGAUAUUAAAGUUUUAUAAUAAGAAAGUGCUAAUUUAGAAAGAAGAACAGUUGAAAUUCAAUCAAUUUUAGAUGAAUUAGAACCAUUAAGAUCAUAUAAAUAAGGAUAAGCAGAUGCUAAAAAUGCAUGGAAAAUAGAAACUGAAAAGAAAUUAGCUGAUUUAGUAAAGAAAAGAGAAACAGAAAAAGCUGAAUUUGAUAAAAAAGUAGAAGAACAUGAUUAUGCAACAUUUGUUAUUGAAACUGUUAGAAGAAUGUUUUCUGAUAAAAUUUAAAGUUUCUUAUAAUUAAAUAAUGAAUCGUAAUGGUAAAAAGUUAGAGAUUACUUUAUUAAUGCAUCUGAAUAAGCAAGUAUAUAUAUAAUAUAUUAAUUAAAUUAGAGAAAUUUGAAAUUAAAAAGAGUUAUUCUAAAAUAUUCAAUGUAUUAGCUGAAAUUGCUAGUUCUGCUUAAUCUGAAGAUUUCUAAAAUUCACCUACAGUUAAUAAAAUUGUCAAUCUAUGUGAUCUCAUGUUAAAAUAAAUUGAAGAUAGUAAAGCUUUAGAAACAAAGGCUGAAUAAAAAAGAUUGAAUAUGUUUAUGUUGGAAAAGGGUAAUUUUGAUAAAGAUUUAACCAGUUUAAAUAAUGCUCUUGCUUAAUUAAAUGCUGCUAUUUUAGGUUUAGAUAAUAGAAUCUAAGAUUAAAAGAGAGAUUUGACUGAUUACAAUGCUAGAUUAUCUGCAAAAAAUAAAUAAAGUGAAGAUAGAGGAGGAGAAUGUAGAGAAAAAGCUUAUAAUUAUUAAUUAACAAGAGAAAAAAGGUAUGUUAUUUAUUCAUAUAUCUUUUAGAGAAUAAAAAAGAUAAUUGGUAUCAUAAAUUAUUGGUGCCUUCUCUGCUAAUCAAAGAGACUUUUCAGAAUAUGUUAAAUUAAGAGGAUAGGCUGGAGAUUUCAGAGGAAAAAAUUUCUAAAUUCUAGGCAAUCCAACAGAAGAUUGA